AUGUCAAACGAAGAUGAUAAGGCAAUCCCAGUGCGGGUUGCCUUGCGAUGUCGUCCGUUGGUGACCAAGGAAAUCAGUGAGGGGUGCCAGUGCUGUCUCACAUUUGUGCCUGGAGAACCUCAGGUGAUUGUUGGCACAGAGAAGGCGUUCACCUAUGAUUAUGUGUUUGAUCCCACGGCUGAGCAAGAGGAAGUCUUUGGCACGGCAGUCUCACCCUUGCUGUGUGGACUUUUCAAAGGUUACCAUGCUACAGUACUUGCGUAUGGACAAACGGGAUCAGGGAAGACCUUUUCCAUGGGAGGGACUUACACAUCAGUUCAAGAGAAUGAACCUUCUGUUGGUGUCAUUCCAAGAGUAAUCAAAAGGAUCUUCCUGGAAAGGGAGAGGAAAGCAGAUUGUAAAUUCUCUUUGGCAGUAUCUUACUUAGAGAUAUAUAAUGAAGAGAUCCUGGACUUGCUUUCUGUAUCUAAAGAUAAACCUGCACUCAAUGUCCGGGAAGAUCCUAAAGAAGGUAUCAAGAUUGUGGGCUUGACUGAGAAGGAAGUGUUUUCUGCCAAUGAGAUGGUUGGCUGUCUGGAGCGUGGAAACUCAGCUCGCACUGUUGGUUCCACAGCAAUGAAUGCUGCUUCGUCACGUUCACAUGCCAUCUUCACCAUCACCCUGGAGCAGCACAGGGGAAAAGACAAAACUGACUCGGUUGUGUCAAAAUUACACCUUGUGGAUCUGGCUGGUUCUGAGAGGCAGAAGAAAACCAAAGCAGAGGGAGACCGUUUAAAAGAAGGAAUCAGCAUCAACCGAGGCCUUCUGUCUUUGGGUAACGUGAUCAGUGCCUUGGGGGAUGAAAGCAAGAAAGGCACAUUUGUUCCCUACAGAGACUCCAAGCUUACUCGCCUGUUGCAAGAUUCACUGGGAGGCAAUAGCCACACUUUGAUGAUUGCAUGCGUCAGCCCUGCAGACUCAAACAUCGAGGAGACCAUGAACACACUGCGGUACGCUGAUAGAGCUCGCAAGAUCAAAAACAAGCCUAUAGUCAACAUUGACCCCAGAGCUGCAGAAAUGAAGCUCUUGAAACAGCAGGUCCAAGAUUUGCAGGUGAUGCUGCUGCAUGCCCGUGGAGGUGUGGCACCAGUGCUCUCUGGAUUAGGGUCAGCUGAGAAUGUGACAGACAUCCUGGAGAGGAACCGCACCCUGCAGGAUGCGAACAACAAGCUGAGCAGGGAGCUCAGCGAGGCAGUCGGACAAACCGCUUUCAUGUUUGAGAAGAUCAUUAUGACGGAGCAAACAAAUGAAAAACUGCAAAGCAAACUUGAGCAACUGAGGCAACAUGCAGCAUGUACAGUCGAUCUCAAGAAAGUGUUGGAGAACCUGGAGGACCAGGAGUUGAAGGGCAAGGUGGAGGUGAUGAGGAACCUACAAGACAUCAUCUUGGAGCUCCAGGUACCCUCGCUGUGCCGGCAAUGCGCUGUCAAACAUUUAGACAUAGCAGUUUCAUAUCACAAUACAACGGUUCCUUGGACAUGUGACUCUCCUGAGGGCUUUACAACACACCAUGCUCUGCGCCAGGCCCAGAUGUCUAAAGAGCUGAUUGAGCUAAAUAAAGUGUUGGCUCUGAAGGAGGCCUUUAUCAAAAAAAUGUGCCAGAAUGAUAACCAGCUGAAACCGAUGCAAUCGGAGAACCAGAAAAAUGUACAAACUCUAGAGUCUUCAGUGGAUUCCCUGCAGAAAGAGAAGGAAGAGCUUAUCUUGGCACUACAAUCUGCAAAGAAAGACUCCAAUCAGGCUAAGCUAAGUGAACAGCGUAGGAAGAGGUUACAGGAGCUUGAAGGCCAACUUGUAGACAUGAAGAAGAAGCUAACUGACCAGUCCAAACUUCUGAAACUCAAGGAAUCGUCUGUUCGUAAUAUGGACAAGCUAAUGCAGGAGAUACAGGCGAUGAAAGGCCAACGUGUGCAGCUGAUGAGGCAAAUGAAGGAGGACUCUGAGAAAUUCAGACUUUGGAAGACUAAGAAGGACAAGGAGGUGCUCCAGCUCAAAGAGAAGGAUCGUAAACGUCAGUAUGAAUUGUUGAAACUUGAGAGGGAUUACCAGAAACAAGCCAAUGUCUUGCGUCGCAAAACUGAAGAGGCUGCAGCCGCAAACAAGCGUCUGAAAGAUGCCUUGCAGAAGAGAAUUGAGGUGGCAGAGAAACGAAAGGAUCCCCAGAACAGAGGAGUGGAAGGACCAGCCGCUAGAGUUAAGGCGUGGCUUCUAAAUGAGGUAGAGCUGCUCGUGAGUACAGAGGAGGCUCGGCGCCACCUGAAGGACCUGCUGGAUGACAGGAAGAUGCUGGCUCAGGAGAUCAACCAACUGAAAGAGCAAAUGGAGGCAGGGGAGCGACCAGCUGCCAAAAUCAGACGUCGCACCCUGAUCAUCUCUGAGCUGGAGAGCCAGGGGGGGGUGGGAACACCUCUGAAUAAACAGGUGGAGAACCUGGAGACAGAAAUGGGCCUCAGGAGUGCCCAGAUAGCGGAUCUUCAGCAGAAAGUUCUUGUUGCAGACAAUGAGGGCCGCUUGAAGCAACGCUGGGACAGCAUUACAAGCAUCGUGGAUGCCAAAAAUGCUCUUAAGGUCCUGAUGUCUGAAUUGGUGUCUGCUAAAACUGCAAAUGCCAGGCUGGAGAGUGACCUCAAACAAGAGAGCGGGAAUGUGCAGGAUUUAACAAAGAUGCUAGCUGAUGAGAGGAAUGUCAUGUCAACCAUGGACAUGGAACACCAGCAGCAGUUAGUGGAGCUGGAGCAGAGGCAUCAGGAAAAGGUCCUUUACCUCCUUAACCAAAUACAGAACAAGCCUGUUUGUGGAGAGCCCAUUGACGAAACAAAGCAGAAAGAUGAAAAGACAUCAAAAAGGGAGAAGGAGCUGUUACAACGCCUCAAAUUUCAGGAAGAAGAGCUUGAGAAGAUGCGGAACUUGAGUGAGCAAAACCAGAAACUCAUGGAUGAGAAUGAACAACAUAAACAAAAGCUAACACUUAUCCAGCUAGCAAGAGCGAAAAAAACACUGCCAUCCCCCAGCACUGAACAGAUUCUAGACGACUCAUUCGAGUAUGAGUGUGCUCCCCUAAAGCCGAAAGGGAGGCGCUUCACGACAGCCAAAGCGCCAUUUAAGAUGGCCAUCAAUGUGGAAGAGCUGAUCUCUGCGUCUGAGGAGGAUGAGAAUCAGGAAGAAGAGGAUGAAUGGCGUCCUCCUGAAAAAAACGACAAAUGCCGCAAGACUUCAAAGAAGUCAAAGACAACCGGGUGUGCCUGUAAGGGCCGCUGUAGCAACAAGCUGUGUAGGUGCCGUAAAGGGAAGAUGACAUGUGGGGAGAACUGCCAGUGUGAUCACGAGAAAUGUCGUAACUUGGAGACCGACAUGUCCAUUGAGAACUUGAAUAAGGUAGACAAUGGACCCAGAGAUUUGACAUCUUUACCACAAGACCCCACAGCCAUCAGCCCUGGCAACACCACGUUCUUUAAACCACCAUCUUGUACGCCCACUAACAAGGUGCUCAAGGAAAUUGGCGACAUGGGACACACCUCAGCAGACCUAAAGCUAGACAGGAAACCUGUCUUCACAGAAGAGAGUGAUGAGGAGGAGAAUGAGGAAGACAUAAGCACAGUCAGCUUGUUAAGGAAGAAGAAAAGAAUUCUCACAAGUUUUCAAAACAGUUUCUUCUCUGGGUGCACACCAAUCCGUGAAGAAUCUUGAAGCUGGACAAAGACCAGGCUAACUGAUUGAGGUUUCUGUUUAUAUGGUGAUAGGAUCAUCGCCAAAGAGCAUAACACUGUUGAAUUUCCACCAACAAAAUGAAACAGUUUUAGCCAGCAAAUCAACUGUUGAACACUUACAAAACUAUUUAAUAAACGUCAUUAACAAUGGUCUGUCAUCACCAUUAGGAAAGAUCCCAGGGGGGCAUACCCUUUUGGCGUUACCACGAAUGUUAUUAUUUUAGACAUUAAUAAAUUCUUACUUACCGUUCUUGUUUUUAAAUGAUAAAGAAAUUAGUUUGUUUAACCCUGCACAACUUUUCUUCGCACCGUAAAUUUUGCAGGGUAUAAUUUAUUGAUUAAUCUCUGAUUCACAUCUACCCCCCGUUUGCUGUUGCUGAGAGGCAAUGGGUCUGUCAAGCAAUUUCCCACUGAAUUAAAAUCAAAUCUGGAAGUGUCACUGUUAAUUUGAUAAUGAAUUAAAGAUGUAGUCUGAGAAGAUUCAGAGUUUAGUACUGAGUAACAAUGAGAUGAGUGUCUUGUAUAGUAUUUUAGUAAUAUGCCACCAAUGCUUUUUUGUAAAUCCCCAGAACUGAGAACAGGAAUGGGGUAGUGGUCAAAACAUCAUUUAAUAAAUAAAUGAA